CCUGGAGGGAAGCACAUAGAUCAGAGAGGAGUCACAAGAGCAUGGAGCAGUGUCUCAGCUGGCCUAGAGAAUCGAACCCAGGACCUUCUUGCUGCUGUUACACUUCUGUCCAGUAGGGGGGAGAAUAAACCUAAACAUUGUGGAUCAACCAGCUCAGUUCAAACAACAACAAGAGGAAGAAACAGAAGCUAACGUGUUCGUGUUUAAGUGACUCUAUCUUUAAUAAUGCAGUCAGCAGAAGAGGGACACGUCGCCCCCGUGGAUCUAGAAGAUGAAGGAACUGAAGAUGAAGGAUUCUUUAAGAAACUAAUAAAAAAGGAGGAAUCAGAAGAUGAAGAUUUCUUCUAUGAAGUAUCAUUAAUCCCUGUGGAACACGACACCUCUGAUAGACACCUCUCCUCAGUGUACCAACAGCAUGGAGGUUUCCAGCCUCUGAAGAAGGAGGAACCUGAAGAUGAAGAUGAUCUCAGAUUGAACAAGGAUUUCUGCUGCUCCUCGAGUCCACGUUCCUGUACAACCCAAAAUCAUCUCCACAAACACAUCAAGACCCCCCACAGUGUCAAAUAUGAGACCCUGGUGAAGAUUAAGACUGAACAUGAGGAUCUGACGCCCACCAGAAGCUCCAGUGAUCAGCAGACGUCCUCUGGUGCUGUCAGCAUUAACAGCUCUCUCACCAGAGAACAGAACAGAAGGAACGUCUGCUCACAGUGUGGGAAGAGCUUUAGAUCUCCAAGUGCUCUCAGAAUACACCAGCGCAUUCACACUGGAGAGAAACCGUAUCAGUGCUCACAGUGUGGGAGGAGUUUUAAUCAACAGAUUAAUCUCAAAAAACACCAGCGCAUUCACACUGGGGAGAAACCUCAUCAGUGCUUACAAUGUGGGAAGAGUUUUCAUCGUCAGAGUGCUCUCAGUAUCCACCAGCGCAUUCACACUGGGGAGAAACCUCAUCAGUGCUUACAAUGUGGGAAGAGUUUUAAUCAGCUCAGUGAUCUUAAAGAACACCAGCGCAUUCACACUGGAGAGAAACCGUAUCAGUGCUCACAGUGUGGGAAGAGUUUUCAUCGUCAGAGUGCUCUCAGUAUCCACCAGCGCAUUCAUAGUGGAGAGAAACCGUAUCAGUGCUUAGAGUGCGGGAAGAGCUUUAAUCGCCAGUGUCAUCUUAAAAUCCACCGGCGCAUUCACACUGGGGAGAAACCGUAUCAGUGCUCACAGUGUGGGAAGAGCUUUAAUCAACAGAGUCAUGUCAACAUCCACCAGCGCAUUCACACCGGAGAGAAACCACAUCAGUGCUCACACUGUGGGAAGAGCUUUAAUCGUCGGAAUGUUCUAAAAAUUCACCAGCGCAUUCACACUGGAGGGAAACCAUUCCAUUGCUUAGAAUGUGGAAAGAGUUUUAAUUCAGAAAACAAUCUUAAACUUCACCAACGCAUUCACACCGGAGAGAAACCGUAUCAGUGCUUACAGUGCGGGAAGCGCUUCAAUUAUCACGGUGAUCUCAAAAGACACCAGCUCAUUCACACGGGAGAGAAACCGUACCAGUGCUCACAGUGCGGGAAGAGCUUUAGUUAUCACUGUGAUCUCAAAACCCACCAGCGCAUUCACACAGGAGAGAAACCGUAUCAGUGCUCAGAGUGUGGAAGGAGUUUUAAUCAUCAGGGGGAUUUUAAAAGACACCAGCGCAUUCACACUGGAGAGAAACCGUAUCAGUGCUCAGAGUGUGGGAAGAGCUUUAAUCAACAGAGUGAUCUUAAAAGACAUCAGCGCAUUCACACUAGAGAGAAACCUUUUUAGUGCUUAGAUUUAGAUAAAGUUUUUCUAAAAGACACCAGCACACUGAGCAUGUGCUCUGAUCAUGGACUGACGUAUAAAUUGCUUUUAAUUGGGUGUGUAGGUGUGUGUGUGUGGGAGUGGUACCUAAAGAUGGAUGAAUGUAUUACUUUGUUAUCUGCUGUGGGAUGGAUUUGGGAUUAAGUGGAGACUGUUAUAGCCUAUAAUCUGUAUAUGAUGAAACACUGUGUGAUAUCUGUAUUCAGGCACUGGGCUUUACAUUGUUACUCUUAUCUUGAUUAAAUUGCAGUUUGCUAAUCACACCCUCUCACCCCAGUACUGUGUAGUUCAGGUUUUGAAUGUUCUUUUCCUAAUGGGAUUGUGGGUCAGGGUCAGGGGUGUGGAGAUGAAGGGUCACGUUCAUCGUUUGUUUUAUUGUAUUUAGAAUUAGCAGGAAAAUAGCUUUCAAAUGGUUCAGAUCACCGUACAGUUCACACUACAGGACUGGAUCUUUUGUAAUCGGGAGUCCUUUAAGCCGUUGUUGUUUUCACACUACACGACUGGAUCUCUUGUAAUCGGGAGUCCUUUAAGCCGUUG